AUGCUCUGCCCUCAGGAUCCCCUUCCCCACCUCCGAAUCUCCACUCUCUCCUCUUCACACCUCAUCCCUGUUGCAGAGGGCAGCCAGCAUCCAGAGCCUGCUCUACAGGCCACAGGGGACGCAGCUCUCCUUCCCAGCCCCCAGAACUGCGCAGACGCAACAAAACUGGACCUGUCCUUCUUCCUGGAACCUGCUCCUUUCCCAGUGCUCCCUGUUUCUGGGAACAGCAGCACCCAAACUUAUGGAACCUCCCUGCACUCACAUCCUCCACAAAAUGUUCUCCGCAGCAUGCCCCCGGUCCACCCACCAAAUAUCAUCAGUACCUCAGUCGCUCGGACCCAGCCCUGCACACUCCAGGGCUCCUCAAAUCCAUUCAGCAGCCAGGCCCUCCAGGAAGACGCCGCCACUUCGCUCGAGGGAGGGAGGAGGGUACGAUUUCUGGCCCGCUCCGCAGCAUGCAAACUUGACCUUAAAACGCGCAGAAGCUUGUCCCCGCAGAGGCCACGGGCCGGGACACGCGACCUGCGGCUUGCCUCCCCCCGGGGGACCUCCGUCCCCGCCACUCCACGGAUAAGCUGCGCGAGGAGCGGGUCUCUGGGUGGCCCAAGCCGGGGAGGGCUCCCCCGCGGGCCCCGGCAACUUCGCGGCGUCCCACUCACGGCCGCGGCUGCCGCGUGGGGCUGCGAAGCCGCGGCAUCUGCUGGACACUCACUGCAGUCGCACCGCCGCCCUCGCCUGCUCCUCGGGGACCCACGGGCUCCGCCGCCAAGAAGCCUAGACCCGGUUAGUUCCGGAUCGCGCCGCCCCCGCCCCAUCGCGACCAAGACGCGGCGCGCCAAGUUUCCCACGAGGGAAAGUGAAAGUGGCGGGGAGGAGAGGGGUCGCGCCCUAGCGCCCCUCGCUUGGUCCACGUGCCCAAGCCGACCUACCGGGGAGCUGGGGGCCCGGGGCGCGAGGUCCCCGGCACUGCGCCACCCCGGCACUCCGAGCCCGGCUCUCCUCUGCCACGCGUGCUGCUCCGGAGUUGCUCUCCCUCGGCCAGCGAUGGGACAGCGCCGAGGUCCCCGGGACGCCGGGGAAAGGAGGAGCGCCACCGCCACGCUCCCUCCCGCGGAGGAGGCUCCGCGCCCUGCGCUCGGGGUCCCCCGCACCGCGCUGGGGACCGAAGUUCCGUGGCGCGCACGCCGGAAAGCCCCUGGAGGAAACAUGACAGCCUCCUUAAAGUGGCGUGAGUUCCAGCGGGAAACGGGCCAGGCUUCCUGGAUAACGGAGCAGGCUCCACCUGAGUGUUCUGAAGACUCCCUGCCGACCUUCCCGCGCAGGAAAGGACCCUUUCUGCAGAACUCGUCUGCCUGAAGGAAGUAGGGCUGAAGGCACACAGAGUCAUUGGUAAGGAGUGGAGCACAGAGGAUAAGAAGAGCCCUCACCUCCAGUAGUUUCACGUGGUUUUGACUGUCCGGAGCACCGUUAGAGAGAGAGCAUCAUGUCUUGUGACCCAGGAUCCCAAGGCUCCAAGGACUCGGCUGACUAGCCCAGGAUGAACACCAGAUCGGAGCUGGUGUGAAACAUUCCGGACAAUCCCUGUUCAGGGCCCUCCACUCCGGCAGGAUGUAAACUAGCAGAACCUGGUGUUCACACCCCAGUGUCUAGUCUCACUACGUUGAAGCAGCACCCACACAACCAGACCUUGGUGUAUUUUGAAGAUUUUUUUUUUCUUUUCCAGACAGGGUUUCUCUGUGUAGCUUUGUGCCUUUCCUGGAACUC